ACUUUAUAGGAUAUUAUAUAUACUAGUGUGGGUCACUUUCUACCAUGGUCCGCGUGGUGCAGCACAAGUUCGAGAAUAACCCAAAUCAUACAUAUGAACCCUCUCAUUUCUUCUAUAUUCUAUAUAUAGCAUUUAUUCGUCAAAUUUUUGCAGUUUGUGAGAUAUUAUAUUAGUGUAUGUGAAAUUUAUUUCUUCGCGUUUAACACGAUAACUUUACUAUUCACAUAAUUUUUAUAAUUUUAUUUGCUGUACUUAUCUUCUAUUUUGGAAAUUUUUCUAUGUAAUAACUAGAUAUUUGUAUAUUGUUUGGAUCUAACGUACAUAUUUGAAUCUUAAGUUACCUUACCUUAAAAAAGACUGCAGACUAGCCUAAUUGCAUAUGAAACUUUUCUUCUUUGGGAAAUGAAACGAAACGUGUCGAAUCAUUCUUAUCGUGAUGAAAAAUUGAGAUCAUCACACAGUGAAAAUUAUGAGACUGAUUUACGAAGAACAGAAGAAGAAAGAUUACGGCGUAGGCGCGAAUGGAUUGUAGAACAACAAAUGCUACGAGAACAUGAAAAAUUGAAGAAGAAGAAGAUCUUAGAAUAUGAAAUACGUCGUGCUCUCGAGAAAGGUUUAUCACUGCCCAAAGAAAGAUUUUCACAUCACAGUAGCAAUACGAGUGAAAGUAAAUCCCCGGAAAGUCAGCACAGAACUGUUGCUACAUUAAGUACAUCUAAUACAUCUAUAUUAUCUAAAAAAUUAGAGGCAUCAGAUGGUACAACACCUUUAUUUAAAGGACCAGAAGGCAUACAAGUUACUGCUGCAGAACUACGAAGAAUCAAAGUAUAUAUUCACAGAAAUUCAUUCACAGAAGAUAUUCACAGAAAUGUAUCAGACGAAGCAACCGAUGAUCUACAACGAGAUAUUAUCAAUUUUGAAGAUGUUUUGGUCAAAAGAAGAGAGGGAGAGGGAUCCAAAUCUAUAUUUGAGAGAGAAGAAAUAAAAAGUGUAACAGCUAAAACAGAAGAAAUUGUGGAACAUCGUACAGUUGUUGCUAUAAAUAAUGAAAAUUUGGAAAACAAGCCAGAAGCAAAUAAAGAAUAUACUACUUCUUCAAGAAGUCGAAGUCCUCCAUGUAGAUCGUCCCAUCAUACCAGGUAUAAAGAUUCAAAACAUAAUAACAGGGAUAGUUACAGAAAUGAUAGAGACAGAGAUCAUAGUAGAGGUGGAAGUAGAGAGUAUAAAGAAAAAGUCAGGCUACAUAGUCAAUUGCACACUGCAGAGGAAAAACACCUGCGAGAAAGAAAAAGUAAUAGAGAUAAUUCACAUUCAAAGGGAGGAGAACAAAGAGCAUGGGUCAAAGAUUCUCAUAACAGCAACAAGUCAUCUAAACACGAAAGACCUUAUCGAGAAAAAUCGAGAGAGCGAUUCCGAGAAAGAAGAGAAAGAGAUAAGUCUAGAGAACGUAGGCUACCUCCAUCACAUUAUAUUGAACCCAUUCCUGUUCCUGUUUAUUAUGGAGGUUUUCCUCCGAGACCAAUAAUGGUUGGACCAUUGGUUCCAAUUCCAAGGCAAGUUCCUUUAAAAGGAAUUAGGCAUAUGAUGAGUCCAUUAAGACCAUAUCCACCACGAUUUAUUCAGCCAGAUAUAUAUAGAUUUUGUCCAUUUCCAAAUCCUAAUUUAGGCCAAUGUAUUAAUGGAGGAUUUAUGAUGAAUGGAAAAUUGCUGCAUUAAAUAUCAGACAUUUUACAAAAAUUAAAAAUUUUUCGAAGUA